AUGACAAAGGAUAUAUGCAAGGCUGCAAAGAAGGGUGACAUUAAGACCAUUAGGAAGUAUGUCCCCAAUGAGGUCAGAGGCAAUGAAGUCGAUAAAGAUGGCAAGUCAGCACUACAUUGGGCAAUUGAAGGUGACCACUAUGAUUGUGUAGUUCACUUGUUAGACAAUGGAGCAAGCAUCAAUUAUAAAGAUCCAAAGAGUGUAGAGACUCCAAUUAUAGCAUCACUAAAGAGAGUGGCAGUAAGCGAGAAACAAGAGGAUAUUGCAAUAUAUUUGAUGUCAAGAGGUGCUGAUUUGAACUGCGAGUCAAGGGAUAGACGUACACCAGAGAGGAUAUUGGAGAGCUUGCCAAAGAGGUUCCAGGUCAAGUAUAAGGAAGCCUAUCAGAAGAAGUAUCAAGCGAAAUCAUCAUCGUCCAUACCCCAGUACAAACCAGCAGCGACAUCAUCGCCCAACCUUACGACUUUGACCACGCAGGUCAACUCAAUCUCAAUCUCAAACUCGACUGGCGGCGCGUCCACCUCCAGUCCUCCUGGAUCGCCACCUGGCGGCGUCGGAUCAGUCACAACAACCUCGUCGCCAAACCUCUCCAAGCUGGGAGGCUCUCCACCACCAUCGACCUCGUCAACAGCCAUGCGCUCGCCACCCAUCGGAGUUAUCUCCACGGUUGCGCCUGCGCCCAUAACAACAGCUUCGGGCAAGACUUACACGCGACCUGUGCAGCUGGACAUCACCGCGACUACACUGUUGCCCGAAGACUACUCUCGCGUCAAGGACAUCAGUCUUCUGUGGCUGGAGAUCACAUACAAGCUGUCGAUCGUGGCCAUAUGCUCGGACAAAAUCAGGUACGACGACAUUGCCAAGGCUGUAGACGAGUGUGGCAACGUGCUGGCACACUUCCUGCCCAUCAUUGGUGAUGCUGAGAACACUUCGUUCAUGGAGUCGGUGAUCAAUCAGGAGGCCGUGGCGACGAUCAGCGAGCGAGUGAAGAAUGUGCGUGAUGGACUCAAGCUACGACUAUUCAACAGGAUUGAGCAGACCGAGGUGAUCCGUCUGGUGGCCGCGUUAGUCGGCUCACUUCAGUGGCUGUACAACUGCUGGUUCGAAGUGACUGAUGACGCGAUCAACACGUCGAUCGCCGAGUGUGCGCUCUCCUGUCGUCUGGCAAUGAACGCAAUUACGUACCGCACAUCGAUCCCACCAGGUGUGCUGACUAACAUUGCCAAGCUCUGUCGCCAUGUCAGCGCCCGAGUGUUUGUCUGCCGCAGCCCCGCGCUGGCCAAACGCUUGUCCGACUCGUGUCUGCUGGUGGCCCGCACGUUCAAGUCGCUUAUGGUACUCUCGAUCCUGGGCGACCGUGACACGCAAAAGUCACCUGAGAACUUGAUCGCCCUGGGCAAGAUCAUCGCCGAGCAGCUCAGCUCGAUCAAGACAACGAUCUCCACAAUGGUACCAUCGCGCGUCACGCCCCUCCUCGAGCAGGAGGCCGAGCACGAGCUGGUAGAGAGCGCUGCUAAGCAACUACGUGGCUCCAUCGACUUUUACCGCUCCAACAACCAGCAGUCGUCGCACGUCGGCCUGCCCAAAGAGGGCGUUCUGCUGCCACUUUUCGCGUCGAUCCAGAAGUCGAUCCAGUCGUUGUCGCUGUACUCAAGCGAGCAGCACGACCUGCAGAUGGUCAUCCCUGCACAGAUGAUCGCCCAGGAUGUCAUGGAGAUACGCGCCGUCAUAUCGGCCUUCCAAGCGGACCUCUCGCAAAACACGCUGUCUGAGGAGCUCAACGACCAGCUGGCAGUCGCCCUCGACACCAGCUUCCAUUUCUCCAGCCAACUCCUAUUUUCAGUCACAGCCGUCACCUGUCACAAUCGUUCUCUGGACAUGUCACAAGUUGGAUAUGCUGCACGUGGUCUAUCCACCUGUUGCUGUAUCCUUUUGGAUUCAUUCUGCUUCUAA